GGACAAAUGAAGUAAAUUCCCCUAAGCAGCCCCCUCCGUCUCUUGAGGGUUGGCGAAUGCCCCAUAUGCACAUCCCUACAAAUGCUUGAAAUCCUUGAAUGGUUUGACAAAAUGCAAAGAGUGCUAGCUUGUAAACAAUUCCAAGGUUGGUGUGUUGCAAAUUAUAUAUAGCGAGACCGUGGUUUAUGUACUUUAAAUAUACAAGCUAGCUAGUUACUUGGAAUUCUCUAUUUUACAAGAAGAACCUAGAUAAAAGGAAAUGAAGAUGAGUACAAAUAUGGAGAUGGCAGAGGAUGCAGGAGAAAAUAUUGUGAUUGUGGGUGGUGGGAUUUGCGGCCUUGCCACUGCUCUUGCUCUUCACAGGAAGGGCAUAAGAAGCUUGGUCUUAGAAAGAUCAGAGAGUCUGCGAGCAACGGGAGCGGCUAUCAUUCUUCAUGCUAACGGAUGGCGUGCACUUGAUCAACUUGGUGUUGCCUCCUCUCUCAGACAAACUAGUAUUCCUAUUCUAUCGGCACAAUUCACCUCACUUGAUGAUGACAGGCUACAACAAAUACCAGUUUGGAAAGAUGAGUUACGAUGUGUGAAAAGGACUGAUCUGAUGAAUAUCUUGGCUGAUAAUUUGCCACAAAACACUAUACGUUUUGGGUGCUAUGUACUCUCUAUCGAGUUGGAUCCCAUCAUUUCUUCUCCAGUUCUUAAACUUCAAGAUGGAACCAGUUUGAAUGCCAAGGUUGUGAUCGGAUGUGAUGGACUGAACUCGAUGAUUUCAUACAUGUUGGGGGUGAGGCCUACAAAUACAUUUAAUGUCUGUGUUAUUAGAGGUUUCACAAGUUGUCCGAGUGGUCAUGAAUUCGGUAGUGAGUUCAAGAUGGCCAAAAAAGAUGAUGUUCAAGUUGGACUAAUUCCCAUGACCACCAGCCUGGUUUAUUGGUUCGUCACUGGCAAAUAUAUUUCUCAAAAGUUCAAGGUCUCCCAGAGCAAGAAACUAAUCGGGGACAUGGCAGCUGCAUCAAUGAAGGACUUCAAGAGAUCAUAGAGAAUUGCUCACAAGAGUCGUUACACUUCUCGGAGUAUUUGAGAUACCAAGCACCGUGGGACAUACUAAGAAGACGCUUUCGGGUCGGAACAGUAACAGUGGCAGGAGAUGCCUUCCAUGCGAUGGCUCCGUUCAUUGCUCAAGGUGGCGCAGCCUCUUUGGAAGAUGCAGUUGUUCUCGCUAGGUGCCUGGCGCGGAAGACUGACGUUGGUAAUCCAAGUGGACUAGCAAGCAAGACGAUGGUAGAAGAAGCACUUGAUGAAUACCUAAAAGAGCGGAAACCAAGAGUUUUGAGACUAUCUUUGCAGUCAUACCUAAUUGCGAAAAUGCAUGAAACUUCAUCCAAACUUGUCAAAUUCAUAUGCAUUGUGUUCAUGGUGAUCAUAUUUUAUGAUUCUCAUGGACAUACUCACUAUGAUUGUGGUACCCUGUAAAUAAGAAUCAUCACUUAAGCUUAUGAUUAUGAACUAAUUAAUGAUCAACACUUCAAUAAAAUCAUGGAUACCACUAGAUCGUAGUUUGCUGAAUAGAAUAACAGGGUCUUAUAUGUUCGGUUCCCAUAUAUGGUUCUUGGUUCUUCAGUCGGUUUCUAUUGGUUCUUUGGUCGGUUUAUGAUCGCGUUCUGAAAGGCUCUAAUCGGUUCUUGAGGGAAACCUGUGUUGAGGAUAUUUGUGUCAUUAGUGUUGAAUCCUAUCUUUUAGGAUUUCGGUGACCAAAUCCUAGUUGAUUUAGUAUUCUGUUAGAAUAAUGUCCUAGUCUCUAGGGUUUAAGAUUGUUUUUGAAUUCUUCAAUUCAGUUAGCACGUUGGUUGCCUGUAACCAAAACGUGAGCAUGAUUUCUAGCUUUUCUGUUAUGUUUC